AUGAAUAUCACACUUUAUUCAUUUUUUUAUGUCCUCAGAUUAAAUGAAGGGAAUAGUACUGGAAUAAAUACAGACGAAAGAAAGAAAAUGCGAGGAGAAAAUUUCACCAUUUGGAGCAUUUUCUUCUUGGAGGGAUUUUCCCGGUACCCAAGGUUAGAGGUGGUUCUCUUCAUCUUCAGCCUUGUAAUGUAUCUGACAACGCUCUUGGGCAACAGCACUCUUAUUUUAAUCACUAUCCUAGAUUCACGCCUUAAAACCCCCAUGUACUUACUCCUUGGAAAUCUCUCUUUCAUGGAUAUUUGUUACACAUCUGCCUCUAUUCCUACUUUGCUGGUAAACUUGCUGUCAUCCCAGAAAACGAUGAUCUUUUCUGGAUGUGCUGUACAGAUGUAUCUGUCCCUUGCCAUGGGCUCCACGGAGUGUGUGCUCCUGGCCAUGAUGGCAUAUGAUCCUUAUGUGGCCAUUUGCAACCCACUGAGAUACUUCAUCAUCAUGAACAGGCGUGUCUGUGUGCAGAUGGCCACAGUCUCCUAGAUGAUGGGUUGCCUGACUGCCCUGCUGGAAACCAGUUUCACCCUGCAGAUACCCCUCUGUGGGAAUCUCAUUGAUCACUUCACCUGUGAAAUUCUGGCAGUGCUAAAGUUAGCUUGUGCAAGUUCACUGCUCAUGGACAUGAUCAUGCUGGUGGUCAGUAUUCUCUUGUUGCCAAUUCCAAUGAUCUUAAUUUGUAUCUCUUACAUCUUCACCCUUUCCACUAUUCUGAGAAUCAGCUCAGCAGAGGGAAGAAACAAAGCUUUUUCUACCUGUGGUGCCCAUUUGACUGUGGUGAUCUUGUAUUAUGGGGCUACCCUCUCUAUGUACCUAAAGCCGUCUUCAUCAAACUCACAAAAAAUAGACAAAGUUAUCUUGUUGCUUUAUGGAGUGCUUACCCCUAUGUUGAACCCUAUAAUUUACAGUUUAAGAAACAAGGAAGUCAAAGAUGCUAUGAAGAAACUGUUGGGCAAAAUACCGUUGCAUCAAACACAUGGAUGUCUCUGA